AUCAGUUUUUUUUACGAGUAAGAAAGCAAGAAAGCUAUAUAUCUUUUCAGCGACAUUCGUUAUCGGACCAAUGGUUAAGCUGCAGGAGUACGGAAAGGCUUAAGAUUAACACAUGGCAACACGUCGCAGUCGCGUGGGACCAACCAGGAGGUAAUUUUAGACUUUAUAUUGAUGCUAAAGAAGUUGCUACAAAGAUCUUUGAUACCAGUGAGGCGUGGUAUCCUCCAACGAGAGACACGUACGAGAUAGGUGAUGAUGGGCAUGCGGAUGAACACCAGUUUCUUGGCUCAGUCAUGGAAUUGUACAUCGUCGAUGGUGUCUUAAAUGCAGAACAAAUAAAUCAUCUCAGAGGUUUCCCUGCUGAAAUCACCACUCCAAGCCUUGUAAACAACACGUUCGUGUAUACGAAUGAGACAGUGAAAUGUCAAGCCAAAGGUUCACCUACUCCAUACGUGGCCUGGGUACGCUCAGGGGUAGUGCUAGUAAACAAGACAUCUACUGCAGAGAUCACUAUCACUGAGAAUAAUGGCGAGUACGUGUGUGUUGCUUCCAACCGUGAAGGAACAAAGAACAUGACCCUUAUGGCAAAAGCUCCUCUUCAUCUUUGCCAUGACUACCGCAUCCUCAGUGACGUGUCCAGGGCUGUCAACCACAUCUACCACUCAUCUCAAGUCAAGAACGAUAACACAGAUAUUGACCUUAACAAGUGGUAUCGUAUCCAGAGCCCAUCUGGUAAUCAGUUACCAACCACGUGUGUCCCACAGAACAGGUGUGGUACCCAGGCCCCUGGAUGGUUGAACGGAGCACAUCCAAGCAUCCAAGAAGGAAUUGUCAAGAGAACUGUCUGCUUUCACUUCAACGGUGACUGCUGUUAUCAGAACACCGCAGUACACAUCAGGAAGUGUUUUGGAUAUUACGUGUACAAGUUCAGCGGUGUGCCUAAGGUAUUACCUGGUCGAUACUGCAUUGAAAAUCAACAACACGACAACCAAGACCAUCCUGACACAAUGUUUCAAGCAAUUGACGAAGAAGUAGGUUCCCGCCUCAUUGGUCACGUAAUUCAUGCAGAUACAGGCGUGCAGGACGUGUUUGUUUGCAUGAGCUACUGUCAGUUGUACAAUGGUUGUAAGUCAUUUAACUUUAGCAGAGAGAAAAAGAUCUGUGAGCUGAACAACGCCACACGAGGGGAACAUCCAGAUGCCUUCCACAGGAAAAGCUCAUUUGUUUUCUACCAGGAAGUUAGUGCAUUCACUAUCACAGUUCUUGUAACCAAUGCUAAGGUUGUAGUUCAGGUUGUGCUGGAAGGAUUUCUUGAAGUUACUCCAAGCUUCCAGAACAACACGUUCGUGUUUACGAAUGAGACAGUGAAAUGUCAAGCCAAAGGUUCACCUACUCCAUACGUGGCCUGGGUACKCUCAGGGGUAGUGCUAGUAAACAAGACAUCUACUGCAGAGAUCACUAUCACUGAGAAUAAUGGCGAGUACGUGUGUGUUGCUACCACCCGAGAAGGAACAAAGAACAUGACCCUCAAGGCAAAAGCUCCUCUUCAUCUUUGCCAUGACUACCGCAUCAUCACUGACGUGUCCAGGGCUGUCAACCACAUCUACCAGUCAUCUCAAGUAAAGAAUGAUAACACAGAUAUUGACCUUAACAAGUGGUAUCGUAUCCAGAGCCCAUCUGGUAAUCAGUUACCAACCACGUGUGUCCCACAGAACAGGUGUGGUACCCAGGCCCCUGGAUGGUUGAACGGAGCACAUCCAAGCAUCCAAGAUGGAAUCGUCAAGAAAACUGUCUGCUUUCACUUCAACGGUGACUGCUGUUAUCAGAACACCACGGUACACAUCAGAAAGUGUUUUGGAUAUUACGUGUACAAGUUCAGCGACGUACCUAAGGCAUUACCUGGUCGAUACUGCAUUGAAAACGGAAGGCACACCAGAGCAGAUCAACCCGAUUCAAUUUUUCAAGAAGGCGAAGAGGGCGAGGGCAGCAGAAUUAUCGGUCACGUGAUGUACACGGAAGCAUAUGUCCCGGAUGUUUUCACCUGCAUGAAUUACUGUCAGUUGUAUAAUGGUUGUAAGUCAUUUAACUUUAGCAGAGAGAAAAAGAUCUGUGAGUUGAACAACGCCACAGGACGGGAACACCAUGAUGGCUUUCACAAGAAAAGUUCAUUCGUUUACUACGAGAAAAUGAGGUUAACGAUGUUUAUUAAUUAUUUGUAACGAAACGAAAUUAUCAAAAAACGA